CUUCCAAAACCUUUUCUCUAAUAAAAUGAUGUUCCACCUCAAUGUGUUUUGUCCUUACAUGACAAACUGGAUUGGUGGCAAGCCUAAUAGCACUUUGGUUAUCUUCGUUAGAGUUGUGGUGUCAAAACUGCAGCAGUGGGAGCAAAUUGAAAGACGUGAGAGCUGCAACAUGACUGCAGAGUAGCAGCAAACUGACAACAGCAUGAAGCUGCACAUGGGCUGCAAAAUGGCAGCAAAUCUUUUGAAUGUAAUCUUGUUUUAAAUGUUUGAUAGAUUUUCUUGUAUUAGAUAAAAUAUUAGGUGAGAAGAAAUUAUUUUUUAUUAUGUUGUUUUUGCUAUAAAUAUAGCAAAAUAUCAAUG